AAUGAACAACAACAAUAGUCAUACAAAAUUCGACAUUCUUCCUAAACUUAUGACUACUCAACACAAAUUGCUUGAACCUGCCUACCUGAGGAAUACUCAAAGCAAAUUCAGUUACAAUGAAAGCAAGAUGCUCCCUCUUAUUCAAAGAAGUUCCAUCUUACAGUAGACUCCAAACACUAAGCAAUUGGUUGUUCAAAGUAAACAGAAAAUUUAUAGAAGGACUUGUGUGCAGUCUAGAUUUUAGUUCUAGACAUUUCGGAGCUGCUUGCGAUAGAGGCUUUUAGGGUCUGUCUAAAUUUCAUUAUACUCAAAAAUUUGGUCAUUCUACUGCACGUUUAGAACCUUUGCAUAGGAAUGUCGUCACUGAACUUACUGACGUAGAAGAUGCGGAAUCUAUCCCGAAAGAGGAGAGGACGUAUCACAAGAAAAUUUACAAAUAUCAAAUGAUGCCCAUACUUGCUUUAAUAAAAUCUUUCGAAAUAGAGUGGAUAAGGGAAUUCGAAGAUGAAGUCAACAAGAAAUCCACCAAACCUCUAUAAUUGACAUUUUAAAUGGCCUUAGCCAUAUUUAAUACUCAUCCAGAUCCCUUGGAUUUCUUCUAAAAAAACUUACAAUUAUUGGAGAGAAAUACUGUAUCUUUAAAAUAAAAGGGUUUGAAUAGAUUGAAGUAUAAGGUUAAGCAUUUUGAGACUGAAGAAUUCCAGAGAGUGGUUGUGAUCAAGAAUUAAUCUGGUUAAGGAUUCUUUAGAAUUAAUUUCCCAAUAAUUCAAUUAUAUUAAUAAGAACACUAACAUAUUUAGACCAUCGAAUUGUCCCCAAGGAAGCUCUAUGAUGUUGUUAAGAAUAAUUUCUUUGAAAUGCAAUCAUUUGUCGAUUAAUUUGAUCAAUAAAAACUGCAACUGUAUAUCCAAAGUAAACCUGAUGAUGGAGACAUUUUGAAAGAUUUAAAUGAGCCGCAAUCUUAAUAGCAAACAUCUUUAGCAGACAUUCAAAUGGAAAAUGUGACGAAGACUUAAGAUAAUCCUGUAUCAAAUAUAAUUUAGACUGGGUUGCCAGUUCAUAAAGAAUUAGCGAUUCUUAUUAUAGGAGGUAAAUUAAUUAAAUGAAUAUUCAUAGAAAAACAUGAAUUUCCUGAUAAGAUUUUACAAAGAAAAUUGAUAAAGAAAGUUGUAACUUUUGAUAAUACUUUUUAUACAUGCGACUUUUUACCUAUUCAAAUUUUAUUAAGAGAGAAAAAAUCACAAAAAAUCAUCAAAAUGUACUCUCCAUCUCUCAAAGAAUUGGAUUCUAUCUUUGUUUUGUUGAAUAGUAACACCAUGCAACAAAUACUUGAUUAAUAUGUUGUUCCUAAUUUUGAUAUGCCCCCAGAGGCCUUUGAUUACAAAGACUUUAAAAAGGGGACAACUAUAAAAUUAAACCUACCAGAAAUUACAGAAUAACCUUUGGAGAUUACAGAAGAACAAAUUAAUAAUGGUAUUCUGAGUUCACAAAUCAAAGAAAUUGAAAUUAAUAAUAAAGACUUACAAAUCAUAAUUGAGUAUAAAUUAUUAACUAAUAUUAGACCUUGUAUGCUAGAAAUUUACAAUUAAGUGACCAGUAGUACAAUUAAAAAAAUAUGCUCUUCAAAAGAACUUACUUAAGUUCUAUCCAAAAGAUAUUUAAUUGGGUUUAAUAUAAUAUGA